CGGGGCCGGAGCCGCUUCCUUCACCCCCCUCGGCUCGCCCGACAGUGGUAGCGCAGGGGCCGCAGUCUAGGGGAGGACCCAGGGGAGGGGGGCAGGUUACAGGGACCCCCCCCUCCCCGGGAACCGGUGGUGGGCGGGGCUUGAACCCCGGAAACGGUGGGGGGGGCCCAGGCCGGGCCCUAGACCCCUGGGCAGUGGGGGCCGGGAAGGGGCCAGUUAAAGGGUCGGGGGCGCGGGGGAGAGAAGGGGGAGGGGAGCUGAGACUCGGACCCCGGACUGAGUGGGGCCCGGGCAGAAGCUGAGCACCCUGCGCCCGAGGAGCCCCCGUUGGCCUGGGGGGGCUGAGGGACUGAGCCCCCCAGAGCAGGACCUCCCCCUGGAAGGGCCGCGCCGCAGCCCGUGGGAGGGCCUCGCCCCCGGCGCCCCCCAUCUCCACUCGCCGCCGUCCCGGCCUCCGCCGGAGGGAGGGGCCGAGCGCCCUCGGGGGGCCGUGGACCCCGGCGUUCUGAGCGUUCCGCGCCCCGCGCCGCCCGGCCCCCCCGCCGCCGAUGGCCGCCGACCCGCCGGGAGCUGCCGAGAAGGGAGAGAUGGCUCCCGGGACACGUGUGAGCCCUCGGCGUUGCUGACGCCCCCAAUGUCGUCGAGCAGCCGGGGGCCGGGGGCCGGAGCGCGCCGACGCCGAACCCGCUGCCGCCGCUGCCGGGCCUGUGUGCGAACUGAGUGCGGGGACUGCCACUUCUGCCGAGACAUGAAGAAGUUCGGGGGGCCCGGGCGUAUGAAGCAGUCGUGCCUGCUCCGGCAGUGCACUGCCAAACCAAAGCCACCUUUGGCCUCUGCCGAGGGCCCAGCGGUGCCAUCCCCGUCACCACAGAGGGAGAAGUUAGAGCGUUUCAAGCGGAUGUGCCAGCUGCUAGAGCGGGUGCCUGACACCUCCUCGUCCUCCUCGGACUCAGACUCAGACUCCGACUCAUCAGGCACAUCCCUGAGUGAGGAUGAGGCCCCUGGCGAGGCCCGAAACGGGCGACGGCCAGCCAGGGGCAGCUCAGGCGAGAAGGAGAACCGCGGGGGGCGACGGGCCGUACGCCCUGGCAGUGGGGGGCCCCUCCUCAGUUGGCCUUUGGGCCCUGCCCCACCACCCCGGCCCCCACAGCUGGAGCGUCAUGUGGUACGGCCCCCACCUCGAAGUCCUGAGCCCGACACACUGCCUUUGGCUGCUGGAUCCGACCACCCUCUGCCCCGUGCUGCCUGGCUUCGUGUCUUCCAGCACCUUGGGCCCCGAGAGCUGUGCAUUUGCAUGCGAGUCUGCCGGACUUGGAGCCGCUGGUGCUAUGACAAGCGUCUGUGGCCUCGAAUGGACCUGAGCCGGCGGAAGUCACUCACUCCCCCCAUGCUUAGUGGUGUGGUUCGUCGCCAGCCCCGAGCCCUGGACCUCAGCUGGACAGGUGUCUCCAAGAAGCAACUCAUGUGGCUUCUGAACCGACUGCAAGGCCUGCAGGAACUGGUGCUGUCUGGCUGCUCCUGGCUCUCUGUCUCUGCCCUGGGCUCAGCCCCACUGCCAGCCCUGCGGCUCCUGGACCUGCGCUGGAUUGAGGAUGUUAAAGACUCCCAGCUCCGAGAGCUGCUGCUGCCUCCGCCAGACACCAAACCAGGGCAAACGGAGAGCCGUGGGCGGCUGCAGGGGGUAGCAGAGCUGCGCUUGGCAGGCCUAGAGCUGACAGAUGCCUCCCUGCGACUCCUGCUGCGCCACGCGCCCCAGCUGAGCGCCCUGGACCUCAGCCACUGCGCCCAUGUCGGGGACCCCAGUGUUCAUCUCCUCACUUCCCCCACCUCCCCACUUCGAGAGACCCUGGUACACCUCAAUCUUGCUGGUUGCCACCGCCUCACUGACCAUUGCCUUCCGCUGUUCCGCCGCUGCCCUCGCCUACGCCGCCUAGACCUGCGCUCCUGCCGCCAGCUCUCACCUGAAGCUUGUGCCCGGCUGGCAGCUGCCGGGCCCCCUGGCCCCUUCCGCUGCCCAGAGGAGAAGUUGCUUCUCAAGGACAGCUAGUUGGGUGCCUCCCCCUGCCCCCAACUCUUCAGGAGCCUGGACCUCCGGCCUUCAUUUCACUCCUGCCAGGAGGCCAGGUUACCCACCUCAUGACUUGGGAUUCCUGAGUUUUCCGACUUGGGAUUCCUGCCCAGGGACUUGAGCCAGCCUCCCCACUCUGCCCCCUGCACUGAUAUUUCUGGGGGUCUCUUUCCCAUCCCCUCCCCCUUCCACCUGCUUCAUUGUCCAUCCCCUGGGGGGAGUGGGUCAGAGGUACUGGGGUUGCUGAGCCAAAGGGAUGGUGGGCGGGGGGGUCAGGUGCAAGUUUGAGGGAGGGAGAAUGGGGGAAACACAUCUGCAUACAGGAUACUGGGAGCCAGGGGCUGGGGGAGGUGGAGGAUGGGCUGGGGGAGGGGGGCAGAAAGCAGACCACCAAGGGUGCAGGGAACAGACCAGAUACUUGGAGUUGGGGGGUGGAGGGGCAAAAAGGGAAACCAGAGGAGCAAUUGGGAGUCCAGGUGUCAGAGGUGGGGAUACUCGGGGAACCAGGGAAAGCCAGGGCUAAGGAAGGGGUGAGGGGCGAGAGCAGGUGUGGGGGCAGUAGCACUCCCUCAGGGGGUUACUCCUCCUCUUACUCCCCAGUUUCAGUUCCUUCCCCCAACCCUGACUCCUUGAAAGUCACUGACAAUGGCAGCUAUUGCGAGGAGUGGGGGCCAGCUGGCCUAUCUGCUGUUCAGCGUGGCCCAGGGGAGUGGUGAGGGGUACCCCAGCCCCCUACCUGCCUCCCCGUUCAAUACUUGAACAUUCAUCUGUACUGAAGUGUUACUUGAACCUGGGGAAUCUCGGACUCGGGGGAGCUGGAGUGUGAGGGCCGGACCGCUUGGACUGAGACUGGACCGGUGGGCGCUGCGCCACCACCAGGCUCUUUCUUGCUUUACUGUAUUGAGCAGUUCACCCCUCCUGACCUGCAGUGGAGUGGGGUGCCAUCCCAGCGAUGGGGAAGAUGAGACUCCUUCAGUUUGGCUCUUCCCACUCAUCGUCAUGGAAACUUGUAUCCCAUUUGCCCAGGGAACUGCCACUCCUGGUUGCCAUGGAAAUAGCAGCCAAUGGACACGUCCCAAAGCCAGGGCUAAGGCUGGUAAUGGCCCCUCUUGGUUGCCGUGGGAACUUAGUAACAGUCUUGGCCCACCCCUGCCCCUUCCUCCAGUGUGGGGGCGGGGUUAGGGGAGCCAGGGCCCGCCCCUCAGCCCAGGCCUCGGGGUAGCUGGGUUGUACCAUGUAGGGGAGGGGGGAAUUUAUCCACAUACCUCAGGUAACAGGGAGGUG